AUGCAGCGAAUCGAGGCUGCGAUAGAGUGUGCAAUUAGAUGUCGGAAAUAUAAUGCCUUAAUUACGGAAACUUUCGAGCUGGCCCGUUCUCAGGCUAAAUCGGCCAUUGAAAAAGGCCUCACUCCUGUACCUGUCGUCAUAAAAGAUUGCUUCGCGGUCGCUGAUUAUCCUAUGACAUGUGCUUCUCAAAUGCUGGAGAACUACAUUCCACCGUAUACAGCAACAGUGGUUCAAAGACUGAUCAAUAAAGGAGGAUGUGUUAUCGGAAAAGCAAACAUGGAUGAGUUCUGUAUGGGAACGUCUAGCGCUCUUGGUCACUUCGGACCUGUCAAAAGUGGUCUCACGGUUAGUGUUUUUAUGUUUGGUUUAUAA